AUGGCUCGAGUCGCAGGCGGACGUCAGGAUACUUAUGACCUGCGGGACCAGCUCGUCGCGGACGACCACCACCACGCUCACCAUAUGCAUGCGCACGCAGACGCUGUGAACCACUAUGGCACCGACGACGAGGAGCAUUCGGUAUUAGAGGACGAUUCGGAUGGGGAAGACCAUGAAGACUACAUCGACGACGACGACGACUCGUCCCUCUCGAUCCCCAACGAGUCCAUCGACUUUGACUUGGUCUAUGCUUUCCACAGUUUUGCGGCAACGGUCGACGGCCAGGCCAAUGUCGUCAAAGGCGAUAGUUUAUUCUUGAUGGACGACAGCAACAGCUACUGGUGGCUUGUCCGCGUUCUCAAGACUCAGGAAGUCGGAUAUAUCCCUGCGGAAAACAUCGAGACGCCAUUCGAACGGCUUGCUCGUCUCAACAAGCACCGGAACAUUGACCUUGCUUCUGCGACACAGGCAGAACUUCAAGAAAGCCUCAAUGCAACGCAGGACCGUCUUAGAAACAACCUCGCGGGAACGUCGCCUGUUCCUCGCGGACGCAAACCAAAGGGCGUUCAGUUCACUCCGACACUCUCAGUUCAUCGAUACUUGCCCGCAGUCUGGAGAGAGGAUGAGAUGAGCGACGAAGAGGAUGUAGAGUGGGACGACGAAGGCUAUGAAGACGAGGACGAGGAACUUGCUCUUGAGCAAAUGGAACGCAGGCGCGAAGAGGAGAUGCAGAUGCAAGCUAUGGAAGCUGAAGACCCUAUGAAGUGGGACGACAGCGCCGUGGCCGCUCAGCAGCAACAGCAGAUGCAACAACAACAGCAGCAGCAGCAACAGGCUAUCAACAAUAUUCCUGCAGCCUUGCUACCAGGCGGCGCUUCCCGUGAGCAUCAGCAGCAGGCUGCACUCAGGGCUCAGCAACAGCAACAAUUGGAGCAGCAAAGGGAGGAGCAGGUGCGACAGCAGCAGAUGCAGCAACAAAUGCAACAGCAGGAGCUUCAACAACGACAAAUGGAGCAGCAACAGCAGGCGGCGAAGCAGCAGGAUGGAUCCUCCGAAUCUUCUGGUUCUCGAAGAAUCGACCCACUCGAGGCUACGGAGACCCGCAAACUCACUGUUACGCCUACCAUUGCACGAGAAGACGAGCGCGCUCCUGGUCAGCCGUACUUGCCUAGCGCUAUUCAGGAAGACGAACGUCUCAAGCGACAGCGCGAAGAGGAGGCGGAGGAGUCACUUCGUAAGAAGGCCAAGGGUAAAGACAAGAUGCCCCCUCCUGUCAGCUCGACCCAGGCUACCCCCACUAAAUCUGGCGGCAAGUUGCGCAAGGAGCCUUCGAAGGAGAAAGAGGAGGAGGACGGGAAAGGGAAGAAGAAGAAAUCUGGUUUCCUCAGCGGAAUGUUCAGGAAGAAGGAUAAAAAGGGCGACAAUGUUUCAGUUACCUCCAUGGAUAGCUCAGAGAACCUUGCACGUAGCUCCGACGAGUCUGCCAUGUCUGGUGCACGCCAUGCUCCUGGCAGUGGCGCACUAUCUCCGACGAGCAACUUGGCACUCCACCAACAGCAAGCCAUCCGUGUCAGCGAGUCAACCCAAUCCUUUGGUCAGGCCGCGCCUAGCACACCUGAACGGUCCUUCCAGCAGCCAGGCUAUCAGGUUUCACCGCUUGCUAACUCCCUUCGUCAACGCGACCAACAGCAGCAAGCACUCUAUCAGCAAUACCUCAAUCGUUCCCCCUCUUCGCCUCCUGAGGCCCAACCUAACUAUGGCCUCCAAUCAGCUCCCAUCGUCAUGCCUCAGAGUUCUUCGACCUCUUCAGGUCUCGGUCCACCAGUUUCUCGGCCGCGACCUGGCUCUCUAAUUUUGACACCUGCUGGUAUCGACGGACCUGGCGUCCCCGAGCUCAGUGUAGUCCGCGUUUUUGCUGGCAAGAACGUCCAAACCGAAGCUACCUUCAAGACUGUCCUCCUCAAUGCGUCUACCACCUCGACCGACCUUGUCAAACAAGCUAUGCAGCGAUUCCGCCUACCCGCAGGCGAGGACGCUGGCGACUACUAUCUCACGAUCAAGCAGGUGGAAGGUGGUGCAUCAGCCGUCCUUCGAGCUGACGAGCACCCAUUGGGCGUUUUCGAAAACCUUGUUACCGAAACAAUGGAGCUUCCUAAAGUUAAAAGGAGCAGUGUGGGAAGCAUAAGCUCUGUUUCGAGCAAUCUCUCCAUGCACCCAGCCAUCACCAAACUGCCGAUGAACGACUUUUCGGACGACUCUGCGGUCAAGUUCUACCUUAACAGGAGGUCGGACGAUGGAGAUGAUAGUCUGAAUGGUCACGAGGACGAGACGCUCAUUGCCGAUACAUCGCAUACAGAGUCGGUAGACAGCGCUUCCUCCAAUAGGUCGCAAUACUUGACGGUCUCGACUGGCGGCGCGAACGUCACUCCGGAGAGGUUCACUUCGCCUUCCUUCAGAUUCGCACUCCAACUCGUUAUCUAUCCUGACGAUCUCCCUGACGACAUGGUCUUCCAUCCCACUACAGAAGCCAUUGUCUUCAAGGAUACCUUGAAGGAUGCUACACCUACUUCUCCCGCGUCAGCGGCACACUUCCGACGCAAGGUCUUCAUGUUCCCCAAGAACGUGACCGUGGCCGAGGUUAUUGAACUUGGGCUGGAGCGGUUCGGUAUUCUUGAAGGUGUUGUGGACGGUGGGGACGAGGUGGAAGAUAAAUAUACCAAGCGGAGAAGUAACAACCGUGUGCGGUACGGCCUUGUUAUUGAUACUGGUGAUGGUCGCGAACGAGAGCUGCUACCGACAAGCCGGGUCAUCGAAGCAUUCCCUUCGCCGCCUACUCUUCGUGCUGCAGACCGUCAAAUGUCUGGCCUCAAGCGUCGUUCCCUCGAUGCGGGACAUCUACUCGGUUCGGUUGAGGAUGUUCACCCCAAUGACCCCGUCUUCAUUCUCCGUCGCGCCGUCUCCUAUCGCACUUCGGUGUCCUCGAGACAUCGCAAUUCGGCCCCUCUCGACGAGAUCGCUCUCCAGCACCUUCACAGAGAAUCUACCUCGUCAAUCCAAUCCGAUCCCAGCAGCCCCGCCGCCGCCAACACGGGUCUCAAGCAGCCGUCGCGGCAAGAGAUCAUCGCUGCUCAGCGGGCUGCUACACGGGCGAACCAGCGUGCUAUUUUGUCAGCUCAGACGAACUCUGUGCGAGGCAUGGACGUUCUUCUCCCAGGGAACGCGGUUCUCCGUAGCUCACGGUAUGAUGUGAACGAUCGAAUGCGCUAUUCAUAUGUCGAUACCGACGGUGAGACGUAUGAUAUAAGCGACAUCAUCGAAGAGGAGUGGAGGGAGACGAGUUCGCCGACUAGGGGUGACCUUUUGGAGGGUGUCAUCGCCAAGCGGGACGCCGACAAGCUUGACCGUGUGCUCAACAAGAUCAAGCAGGAGAAGGGCAAGGAGCGGGAGGUUGUGCCUGCUUCUGAUAGUCAGCGGUCUGUGUCUCCCUCGGAGUAUUCGGAUGAUGGCGAGCGUUCGAGGUCUGUGACGCCUGGUUCGGCUGGGUUCAGGUCGAAGAUGUCCGCUGGGGGUGCGGCUGGGCAGGCGCCUGCGAUUAGGAUUGGUGCUACGACGCCUCCGGGCGUGGUGGAUCGUCGCCAGCCUUCGAUUGCAUCGGUUAUGUCGGAUGGGUCUGGUUAUGCAACGCCGGCUUCCAUGCCCAACAUGCCUGAUCGUGAAACUCCCAAGUCAACGGAACGCAAGCCCGGUGUGCUGCUCAAGGACGAUUUUGGUAUCUCCCAUAUGAUGGCGAUCAUCGAGUAUAAGGCCUCGCAGCCUAAGAAGCCAGCGCCUCCGCCGAAUCCAGUCGACAAAAUCCUCUUUGGUGUCCCGGUUGAUCUUGAAUCUCUACACCCGCAGGUUCGGGAGAUUUAUGCGCCUGCAUUCAAGCAGCUGGAAGAAAUCGACAAGAUGCUCGAUGGGUGUAUUCGACCUCCAGUCAGCGCUUUCUAGAUGGUUUUUAUGAUCUAAAUAAUAUUCUUUUGACUCGUGACUCUCAUUUCACCUGUUCGCUUGAUGUCGUGUACGUCUUUUAUGUCCAACUCGUUCUUGUAUCACCCUCGUUUUUUCCCUCGAUACCCUUGCUAUCAUCCUUAUUUAAUCGAUGUAAUCACGUAUUUCCCAGUAGUAUGACACGUUUUCAG